AUCUUUUGCAGCAGUUCCGCGUUCGCAGAUCUCCCAUGCGGGUGUUUUGACAUUUCCCACAGUGAAAAUCGAACCGGGGUAAAUGUCUUUCCUUCUCCUGCUACUCGUGCUGGCCAUCAGCUCUUCCUUUGCUGAGGAUCCGCCUGUGGUAGAGCUCUCCCUGGGACGCGUGCAGGGCUCAACGAUGCAGAGCUUCCAGGGGAAGACAAUCUACGCCUUCCGUGGGAUUCCCUAUGCCAAGGCCCCAGUGGGGCAGCUGCGGUUUGCCGCUCCGCAGGCAGCCACUGCCUGGGGGCCGGAGGAGAUACUCAAGGCCACCACCGAUUCGCUGGUCUGCCCACAGCCUGGCAUUUCGCUGCUGAUGAGCGAAGACUGCCUCAAGGUGAAUGUUUUCACCAGGAACCUGGAGCAGAAGCCUCUACUCCUCCCCGUCAUCGUGUACAUUCAUGGAGGGGCGAAUGUCCUGGGCAGCGGCCACAGUCUGUACGAGGCGGGGCCGCAGUAUCUGCUCGACCACGAGGUGGUCUUCGUCGCCUUCAACUAUCGCCUGGGAGCCCUGGGCUUUCUCCGACCUCUGGGUGGCAGUGUGACGGGGAAUUUCGGAUUCCUCGAUCAAGUGUUGGCCCUGCAGUGGGUGCGGGAUCACAUCUCGAGCUUCGGCGGAGACCCAGAGAAUGUCACUCUACUCGGGAUGAGUGCGGGCUCCAUGGCUGUGAGCCUCCACCUGGUGUCGCCGCUCUCCCGAGGACUAUUCCAUCGAGGGAUACUCAUGAGUGGCUCCGCCACGAAUCACUUUGCCAUCGACAAUGUCUACUGGACACAGAAAUUGGCACGAGAAGUCGGCUGCCCCAUGUUUGAUGGCAACGAUGUGGUGCAGUGUCUGCGGAAUGUGGCCUGGACACGUAUCGUGGAGGUGUGCAAGGGCUGGGAGUCAUUUCAGUUUGUGAACAUGAAAUGGAACUACGAGAUCGAUGGACACUUUCUGCCCCGGCAUCCCACGGAGCUAAUGGCAGAGGGAAACUUCAGCCAAGUGCCGCUGCUCGCGAGUUUUACGGCCAACGAAUUGGAUUACACGGCACAUGUUCAUCUGGAGAACGAACCGCUGCUGCAUGAUCUUGGUUCUAAUUUCGAGGAGUACGCACCCGAGUUGUUCCUCUACGAGAAAAACUCUCAGCAUUCUGCAAUCAGCCGCCGCCUGAAGGAGUUCUAUUUGGGCAGCAACACCUCAGAGAUUUCUGCGCACAACAUUGAGCGAUUCGGCAACAUCUUCUCUGACGCCAUCAUUGGCCAUGGUGUGCAUCGGUUGGUCCAGCUGGCCAGGCACUUCACACCCGUCUACUACAUGCGAACGGAUUACGUGGGAGAGCGCAGCCUCUGGGAACCAACGGAUGAGCAGGGCAAGCCCCUGGGCGUGGGGCAUGCCGAUGAUCUGCAGUAUGUGUUGCCCAGCCUCUGGUAUGGCACUCAAAUGGCUGACAAUCACACGGAUCUCUUCAUGAUGGAGCGCUUGACCAAGUGGUUUACGCAUUUUGCCAAAACGGGCACUCCUCUAGCCACCGCAGAGGAGGAGGAGCACGGUUCUUGGCCGCCCUGCAAUGCCACAGACACGGCCAUGCUCUACAAUGAUGUGGUGGCAACGUUGGGUCCGCCUGCCUAUGCCGAACGUUAUGCCAUCUGGGACGAGCUCUUUCCCACGCCCGCCCUGGGCGGAGGCGUGGCUCGGAGGCAGCAGCUAAACAUCGUCGCCAUUGUGGCCAUUGCCUGGGCCACCAGUGUGGCCUCCAGGCUCUUUGGCUCUGUGCCUCUCGAUGGAAAUUAAUGUAGCAAUUAGGUGUGGAAAAAGCUUAUCAAUAGGCCGUUUAGAUAAC